AGCGCCUCGACCCCUCUUGCUCGCGUGAGAAAAAAAAAAAACGAACCCAAAAUUCCCCAUCCUCGCUAGGGUUCCCGCGAUCCCGCCCUCUCCCUCCGCACCGACGAUGUCGUCGGAGCCGCCGUCCGCGGGGUCCCCCGAGGCGCCCGCCUCCGCCUCCCCUCCGAAGGACGCCGGCGGCGGCGGGGGCAGCGCCGCGUCAGGGACCCCGGAGACGAACACGCUCUGGGUGGGCAACCUGCCCUCGCAGGUGAGCGAGGGCGACGUGAUGGUUCUGUUCGCCCCGCACGGCGCGCUCGACUGCGCCCUCGCCCGCGCGGGAUCCCGUAGCUACGCCUUCGUCCUCUUCCGCUCCCCAGCGGAGGCCCGCGCCGCAGUCGAGGCGACGCGGGGCGCCAAGGUCAAGGGCGCCGCCAUGCGCACCGAGUUCGCGCGGCCGGCCAGGGCUGUUAGGAAUCUGUGGGUUGGUGGCAUUAGCCCAUCGGUUUCAAAGGAGGAGCUAGAGGAAGUGUUCCAAAAGUUUGGAAAAAUUGAAGGUGUUGCAUUCUCCCAGGAUCAGACUUCUGCAUACAUUGAUUUCGAGAAGCUCGAAGAUGCAAUUUCUGCACACAGAUCCUUGAAUGGAAAAACUUUAGGUGGCAUGGAAUUGUGUGUUGAUUUCCAGAGGUCCAAGGGUAGAGCGGAAUGGUCAGAGGCGAGCAACUUCAAUAGUAGAGUGUCAGGGCCAUCGGGUGAAAAGAGAGGCGCUGGCCCUGCAAAGGGUUCCACUGGAAUACGAAUGCGAGAAGCACAACCAACCAAUGUUCUCUGGGUUGGUUUUCCGGGUUCAUAUAAAGUUAUUGAUGAGGAAGCGCUUCAGCAAGCCAUGGCACCAUACGGUGUAGUUACGAAGAUAAAAAUUUUCCAAUCAAGGCAGUAUGCUUUUGUUGAGUUUGCAAGCGUUGCAGAAGCUUAUAAUGCUAAGAAGAAUCUAGAUGGUCGCCUUUUCAAUGAUCACAGAAUUCAGAUUCUUUUCUCCAACAGUGAGCUUGCACCAAAUAAAUUGGAUAACCCAACACCGCUUGCUGGGUUUCCUAGAUCGGAGAUGUAUUACAAUGAUGGUCGUCAUGGCCCUGGUCUUGGCAGUGGUACUUUGGAAGGGUAUGAUCCGCCAAGUGGAGGAAGAUCAAGAUACUUCGAUUAUGGUAGUGUAGCUACUCCUGGUGGUAUCCUUCAGCCACCUGAACUAUUUGAUCCAAGAGAAACCAAAAGAAUGAGGCUGGAUGCUGGUGCUGAUCCUUAUGAUGUAAGGGCGGGUAGUUCAGGUCUCCAUUCUGUUGGUUUCCGUCAUCAGGACAGCUCUGUGCAUGCUGAGGGGAGCUCAAGUCCUGUUAUUCGAGUCAAGGGCACAGUGCAUCGAACAUCAUACCUUGAGCACUUCUGGCGUGGUAGUAUUGCGAAAGGUGGAUCUCCUGUUUGUCGAGCUCGUUGUUUGUCUAUAGGGAAGGGCGUUGACAUACCUCUACCAGAUGUUAUUAAUUGUUCUGCUAGGACGGGACUGGAUAUGCUGGCGAAGCAUUAUGCAGAUGCUACUGGGUUUGAAAUUGUAUUUUUCUUACCAGAUAGCGAAGAUGACUUUGUUUCUUAUACUGAGUUCUUGCGCUACUUGGGCUCAAAAAACCGGGCAGGGGUUGUGAAAUUUGAUGCAGGGGCUACUUUAUUUUUGGUACCGCCAUCCGAUUUCUUGACAAAUGUUUUGCAAGUUGAUGGUCCAGAGCGCCUUUAUGGUGUGCUAUUGCACUUUCCACAAAUGUCUGCUGCUGCAGCACUGAGGCCACAAUUAACAGGACCAGAACUACAACCUUACUAUGAUGAAAGGGAAACUGUGUCUACUUUGCAAAGAAAGUAUAAUAUCAUUUCUCCUAUUGACAACCGCCGUCUUGACGCUGAUUAUCGAGGAUUGUUGCGUGAGGAUUCGAUGCAUCAUUUGGGGCAAAUAUCUGGAAGGCCUCGGGUGGAUGAAGGCCAAGCAGUUCAGCCAGCUCUUGCAGGUUUUCCUACCAACCAAACGGCAGGGUCACAAGUACAAUCUUCACUCAAGCCUGAUAUUAUGGCUACUUUAGCUAAACUUAUGCCAAGUGUGCAAUCAUCAGCUCUGGUAACUGGUCAGGUACCUAUGAACUCCACUGACAGACAUGUGUCGUCACAGAUGCAUGAUGCAUCUACGCUUUCUAAAGUAUGGAGACCUGAAAAUCAAGCAAUGGCUUCGAAUUCAUCCUUUGGUCAGGUUGCUAAUCUUCAGCAGCCAGGACAGCAGUUCACCAGGCAAGCUUCAGCUGCUCAUUUGACAAGCUAUGGGAACAUGGUGGGUGCUCAGGAGCACUCAACGCAACAUACUGCUUACAACCCUGAAGUUACUUUGAACUUACCGCCACCACCUCCAAUUCCUACACUACCGCACAGUUCUGCUAUGUUGCCAUCUCAAGGUGGACACAGUUUGCCUACACAGACGAACCAGCAACUUUAUCAGCCGGAGCAGUAUUAUGUGUCCCAAAGCAACUAUGGCCAUUCUAACCUUCAGGUUAGCAAUGCUAACAUCCCAGCCCCUCUCGUUCCCCAAGUGAACCCUGGACCAUCUCCAACAAAUAAUCAGAUGGGGAAUUUGGCCCAGCUCCAGCAUGCUAUGCCAUUGCAUGUUAAUAGAGGAAGUCAGGAUUUCUCUUCUCAGGGGCAACAGCAACAAAAUUUUGCUCCUGGUGCUGCACAAGCUCCCGAGGAGGCAGAUAAAAGCAAGAAGUACCAGGCAACCCUCCAAUUAGCUCAAAGCCUACUGCUUCAGAUACAACGUGGAUCUGGAAAUCAACCUUGAGGCCAAGUUAUUGCUUCAGGACCCACACAACAGAAGACAUUCUCAAAAACAACUGGGCAUGCAGGCCAUGAAGCAACGAGACCCCACGACAUCCUCGAAAAGGCGUGUGGUAGCGUUUGUGGCGCAAGCACGGAAAGAACCCAUUAUCUAGGCCGCGUAACCUUGUCAGCUGGGCUCGUGAGCGACCGCAUGAAAACUAGUCCUCCGGUAUGGACCUCUAGCCUCUUCUGUGACCCAACAUGUGCAGAUCGAGAUACUUUACAGUAUCAUGAUCCAUUGAUUACUGAGUUAUCAAAUUGCCAUGGACACAAGUUUUCCAUAUAUAAACUAUAUAAGCCAUCGAUCUCUUGCUGGCUACGUAGGUCAGCACGUGGAUGGGCGAGUUGAUGCUACUCCGUGUCUCGAUUUUUUUACUCUCGUUUUCUUUACCCUUCUCGAUGACUUGCUUUCGUUCUCUUAAACGCUGGAAGCUUCCGACGAUGCAAAUAGCAAGGAUAUACCAGUUGCGCUGUCGGAAUUUUGCGGUCCAAAGUCAAGCUGGGCUGAAUCAUACGGCUCUAGGCCGUGUUGCUCUUGUGUGGUGUGGCCGAGUGCGCUUGCUUGACCCAAAUGGCUAGUCUUUAGCUCCAAUCUUUUGUGUCUGGGCAAAACGACUUCUCGCUUGACGUUUAUGCCUCAACUGGCUCCUAAACUUAUACUGAUUUAGAAGUGACUGACGAGUUGGAUUAAUCUGAGUCUCGUUGAAAUCUUUUUGAUGCGUUUGCUGCAAUCGAGU